AUGGAGCAGUCCCAUGCCUCGACCUCUCCGGACCCGCGGUUGUGUGUAGACAUCGCUCCAGCUGUCGUGGCUCCGUCAACUUACCCGGACCUCACUGCCAUCCACGAGCGGUACGUGAUCGCGGCCGAUAUCACUGCUCGAAACAUCCUCGUGGCCAAAGGCGCGUCCGUCGUCAAGUUCUCCGACUUGAUCGAAUCGACGCUCCUGGACCGCGACUGCGACAUGCAGCAGGCCGAUGACAACGGCUACUCCAUGUACACGGACAUCGGUCAAAAGUGCGACUUCGACCUCUUCAAGGAUGUCCCAUCAGGUCCAGCUGGUGCAGUUUGGCCGAGACGGGAGCAUCUUCCCACCACACGGGAUAUUUGGCUCGGAUCGAUCAUCGAGAAGUGCUCGUCGAAAGGUGCCUUCCAGACCAGUGAGGAACUGUCAGCGGUUCUGGAUUCAGCUACUUUCUGA